UUUUCUCUUUAUGAUUCCUUUGUUGAGCCUUCUUCCCCUUGUUAAAUCCUCUUGUUUCUUCCUUUUGCAAAUUUUAAAUUAUUUUUUAAUCUCAAAAAGACUUUUGCCGACAAUCCCAAGCAAAGGAUCUAAAUCCCCUCUUAAUACUUGAGUAGCUCUCAUUAGCAUCACCAUUAAAACCUGAGCCUGAGCUAUAGAGAGAGAGAGAGAGAGAGGGGAGAGAGAAAAUGCAUUCUCUUUUUAUUCCUCUCUUUCUUCUUCUGCUGUGUGCCUCUGUGAUCGUACAGUCCACCACUGAUCCUAAGGAUGCUGAAUCUCUUGGGAUCCUGUACAGCUCCUUGAAUAGCCCACCUCAGCUCUCUGGAUGGAGCUCAAAUGGUAGUGAUCCUUGUGGAGAGUCAUGGAAGGGGAUUACUUGUUCUGGUUCAGCCGUCUCCUCAAUCCAAAUUUCUGGGUUGGGGCUUAAUGGUACUCUUGGAUAUACUCUAUCUGAUUUGCUGUCUGUGAGAACACUGGAUUUGAGCAAUAACAACAUACAUGACACAAUUCCGUAUCAACUGCCACCAAAUCUUACCUAUCUGAAUCUUGCUAACAACAACCUCAGUGGGAGUCUUCCUUAUUCUAUAUCUUCAAUGGUUUCCCUUGUUUAUUUAAAUGCUAGUCACAACUUAUUGUCAACAAUUGAAGAUGUCUUCGGAAAUUUGCAGGGUUUGUCAGAAUUAGAUUUAUCUUCCAACAACCUUACUGGGGAUCUUCCUAAUUCGAUUGGCUCCUUGUCAAACCUCUCAAGCCUUUAUUUACAAGACAAUCAAUUGAGUGGCCAAGUAAAUAUUCUCACCAGCCUGGAUCUAACUACCUUAAACAUUGCGAACAAUCAUUUCAGUGGCUGGAUCCCUCAGGAGUUCAGAGCUAUUCCAAAUCUUUUUGUUGGAGGUAACUCAUUUGCAAAUGGUCCCGCUCCACCUCCACCUCCUUAUGCCCCUCCUCCUCCUCGGAGGCCACAUAAUAAUAAUAAUAAUAAUAAUAAUAAUAAUAAUAAUAAUAAUAAUAAUCACAGCCAUCUUCCUCCAGAAGCACCAAGUCCUAGAUCAAGAGGCCAAGUUGCAGAUCAGAAUAAUGACAAAGAUCAGAGAAGCUUGAAAGGGGGUCAGAUUGCGGGCAUAGUUAUAGGCUCAGUUCUUGGUGCUUUGUGUGUGGCACUUGCUGGUGCCUUUUGUCUAUGGAGUAUCCGCAAGAGUAAAGGCGACACAAAAGGUAGAUCGAGAGAUACUGUGAGGUCUCCAUCUACCUUACCCAAUAUAGUUACCAACAUGGAGGUGCAAGAACAGAGUCCUAGAAGUGUGCCAGUCACAAGUCUGAAGCCUCUGCCUUCAGAGAAAAAUACUGUUGAGAAAGCUUAUGGAAAAGAUGGGUCUGUUAAUAGGACAAGGCUCCCAAUUACUGCAACUUCCUAUACUGUCGCUGCUCUUCAAACUGCAACAAACAGCUUUAGUCAAGAAUCCCUUGUGGGUGAAGGUUCACUUGGCCGGGUUUAUAGAGCUGAGUUUUCCAAUGGAAAGGUUUUGGCAGUAAAGAAAAUAGACAGUGCUGCAUUAUCUCUACAAGAGGAAGAUAAUUUUCUUGAGGCCGUCUCAAAUAUAUCAAGGCUUAAACAUCCAAAUAUCACAAUGCUGGUGGGCUACUGUGUUGAGCAUGGACAGCGCCUUUUAGUUUAUGAAUAUGUCGCAAAAGGAACUCUACAUGAUAUGUUGCACUAUGCUGAUGAUAGCAAUGCGCUUACGUGGAAUGCACGUGUGAGGAUAGCACUUGGCACUGCCAGGGCUUUAGAGUAUCUUCAUGAAGUAUGCUUGCCUUCUGUUGUACAUAGAAAUUUCAAAUCAGCAAAUGUUCUACUAGACGAUGAGCUUAAUCCUCACUUGUCAGACUGUGGGCUAGCAACAUUAACUCCCAAUACCGAAAGACCGAUCUCAACCGAGAUGGUUGGCUCGUUUGGCUAUAGUGCUCCUGAAUUUGCAAUGUCUGGCAUUUACACUGUGAAAAGUGAUGUGUACAGCUUUGGAGUAGUGAUGUUAGAGAUGUUGACUGGCCGGAAACCACUUGACAGUUCUAGGCCAAGAUCAGAGCACUCGCUCGUAGUAUGGGCUACACCCCAACUUCAUGAUAUAGAUGCAUUGGCAAAAAUGGUGGAUCCAACACUAAAUGGCAUGUAUCCUGCGAAAUCGCUCUCGCGAUUUGCAGACAUAAUUGCGCUAUGUAUUCAGCCGGAGCCGGAGUUUCGUCCACCUAUGUCCGAAGUUGUACAAUCAUUGGUUCGGUUAAUGCAGAGAGCGAGCACAGUCCGAAGGCGAUCUGGAGAGGAUUUAGGAGCUUCUUAUAGGAUCCAAGAGCAUGAAGCAAAUACAGAUUUUUCCUUCUGAAAGAGCACUUCCUCAUUACUCGUUCAAUGAAACAGAAAACGGGUCUUCUUUUUUCUUUAUAAUCAGAUUUUGACAUAUAAUACAAUAAGGAAGCCGAUGCGUUUCUUUGUACAUUUUGUAGAGAAAAUAAGUCAAACUGGCAACCAAGAAAGAAAUAGAACGCAAGUAUCUUUUGUUUUCGUGCUCUUUGGGUUACUGAGAACUUGUUGGAUAAUAUGCUGUGAAAAGUAAGUCCUUGAGCAUAUCUGUA